AUGUCAUUAGAAAAACAAAGUAACUCUGAUUUGGAGCACGACGCUGUUGUUACCCCAGAUAUUGAGAUCAUACCAGGUACUGUUCAAUUAGUCGAUAUCACAGGAGGUUUAGAUGUUAAAAAGAAUGACUCGAAUGAUAAUGUUAUCUUAUUACCCCAACCAACAAAGGAUAUCAAUGAUCCAUUGCGUUGGACAAAAUUAAAGAAACAUCUUCAAUUUUUUUUUGUUUGGUUUUGGUGUUUUAUACUUGCAGCCACUUCAAAUUUCUAUGGUCCAUUAUGGGGGGUUUGGAUGGAAGACUUAGGUUUCAAUUUAAACCAAUUAACCAUUAGUAAGGCUAUUAUCUUCCUAUUUCUUGGUACUGGAAUCUUAGUUAUUCAACCUACGGCAUUGAAAUUGGGUAAAAGAUUCACAUAUUUGACAUGUGCCGUUGUUGGUAUUGUCGGAUUGGCAAUCGGAUCACAAGCAACCUCAAUUGGGUCAAUUUUUGUAGCUCAAGCAUUUGCGGGUGUAUCUGCUGCUCCUGUUGAUACAUUGUCAGAAAUCUCGGCUACUGAUAUUUAUUUCCAACAUGAAAGAUCGACUGCAUUUGCUUUAGUUAUUCUUGCACUUUAUGCUGGGUGUUAUUUGGGACCAGUUGCUGCUGGAUUUAUUGUUGAGGGAGCAGGUUGGAGAUGGUGUUAUUAUGUCCAAAUUAUCAUCUAUGUUAUUAUGUUUAUCUUUUUAUUGUUCACAAUGGAAAACACUUCAUUUAGACGUGACCAUACUACAGAAGACGAAUUUGAAGAAGGUGUGAUCAAAGCUGUGCAAUCAAAGGAAUUACACGUUGCCACUCUGAUUGCCGAAGUCAAUCAAGAAACUGGAGAAGAAAAUGAUGGGAAUUCAAUUGAUGAAUCUAUCCCCGAGAAAACUUAUAAACAACGUAUGAAACUCAUUCAAACUGACAACAAUGAUGAAAGAUCAUGGCUUUUGAUCUUCUCUAGACCAUUCUUAAUGUAUUCGUUCCCAGCGAUAAUUUGGGGUGGUUUGGUCUACGGGGCUCAAAUGAUGUGGUUAUCAUUAAUCGGUGCCACCCAGGCAGUAAUCUAUGGAGCAGAACCGUAUAAUUUCUCAGCUAAUGGAGUUGGAUUGACUACCUUGGGAGCAUUUGGAGGAAGUGUAAUUGGGAUGGUCGUUGGUGGGUAUCUUGUUGAUAAUUCUUCAAUUUGGUUGGCAAGAAGGAAUCAUGGUAUUUUGGAACCUGAAUUCAGAUUAUAUGCUAUGAUAAUUCCAACAAUUUCUAAUGCUGGUGGAUUGUUGGCAUAUGGAUUAGGGGCAUAUUAUGAAGCGCAUUGGGUGAUUUCGGUUGUUAUUGGACAAGGGCUUUUGGGAGUUGCUAUGGGAUCUUCUGGUGCUAUAUGUUUAACUUAUGCGGUUGAUUCUUAUCAUAAUCUUGCAAGUGAAUGUAUUGUUUUUAUUCUUUUUAUAAGGAAUAUGAUUGGGAUGAUUUUCUGUUUUGUAUUUGAAGAUUGGUUAGACGGAUGCGGGCUUAAAUUGACUACUUGGCUUAUGUUUAUGUUAUCAAUUCUUAUUAAUGGUAGUUUUAUUGUGUUUAUCAAAUGGGGUAAGACUUUCCGUAAAAUGACUAUGGCAUCUUAUCAUAAAUAUUCUGACCCAACAUAUGGUGAGAUAUUCAAAAAGAAGUCUUAA